AUCACUUCCCGGAUCUGACCGAAACACUCACAGAUGUAUGGCGCCCGUUGAAGAUUAUGCGUCAGACAAAUAUCUUUCCGUCUAGUUAGUUAGAAUGUCGAAAAGGAAAGUUACGUUCGAGGAUGACGAGGGGGGCGAGCUUGCUGUAGCUGAUGAACUCCCAAAGAAAAAGAUCUGUGAGGAUGUUAGUGGGCCUGGCUCCAGGUUCAAGGGUAAACACUCCCUGGACAGUGAUGAAGAGGAUGACGAAGAGGAUAGUGAGAAGACCAGCAAAUACAACAUACUAGCCAGUGAUGAUGUAGAAGGUCAGGAGUCUGCAACAAUCGAUUGUGAUGAGGGGGUUCCCAUUACUCCCUUCAACUUGGAUGAAGAGAUGGAGGAAGGGUACUUUGACUCUGAGGGAAACUACUUCAUCAAAAAAGACGAGGAUGUUAGGGACAACUGGCUCGACAACAUUGAUUGGGUAAAAAUCAAAGAACAGCCUUUUAAGCGAAAGAAGAAAGGCCUUUCAGCCAAGAGGAGGCGUAGAGUCGGGGAUGAAGAUGAAGCCGAAGAGGAAAAACAGCGAGAAGAGCAGCAGGCGAACACUGACGAAGAGGAGGAAGGAGAGAAGGAGCCCGCCGAGGACCCACUGGCGUCCUUCACGCAGUACCAGCUCACAGAGGCUCUGCUGGGAAUGCUGUUACCGGGGGAAACCGUUGCCGCGGGACUCCGUCGACUCGGAGGUCUAGGCGUCCGCAAGAAGGGGAAGCUCAGGGAGAUCGAUGACAAAUUAGAAGUGGCCAACAGGGAUGCAGAGAAGCUUGACAGACUCACUGCCCUCGCAGACAGACUGGUCGGGAGUGGCAUGUUUGAAAUAUACCAGCAGACCUAUGAAAAACUAGCCUACAUACUGAAGGGGAUGAACAAGAAGUCACAGAAGAGGGCUACUCUUGAGGGGAGCGAGGAGGAAGAUGAGCUCGAUAUGUUUGCAGACAAAAUUGACGAGAAGCGCAGUAGCAGAACACAGGACAAAGAGGAGGAAGAUGAGAAAAUGAGUGAUGAAGUGAUGUGGCAGUACAAAUGGGAAAACAAGGACAAUUCUGAACUCUAUGGCCCCUUCACCAGCCAACAGAUGCAGGACUGGGUGGAUGACGGCUACUUCAAAGAUGGUGUUUACUGCAGGAAGGUGGAUGAUGGAGGUUCUCAGUUCUAUAAUUCAAAGAGACUCGACUUUGAGCUUUAUACAUGAACUGUUGACAUGUUCUGACAUGCUUAUACCAUACACGUGGUUUACCCUCCAUUACCUUUGAAUAGAUGAAGUGCGCUGGUCCUUCACUGCACACUCUACCACUCUUGUUUUUUUAAAUAAACAAAUUAUAAAUCUAAAAAUGAUAAGACUGAUUUCAGCAUGAUUAAGCUGUGUGUGUUUUGUGUGGCAGGGGUGGGUUGGGUGUGGCUGCAAAGUGUUAAAUCUAUGAAUGUGAAUGUACUAAAUUGUACUACUAAUUUUAGCCCUUCUACUUAAAUGUUUAUGAGUAUGACUCACAUGCAGGAUGAACACCUACCAAAAAACCAAGGGUCAAUGAUGUAUUCAACCUAGACCUAACUCAACAUUUGAGUUAAAAGCCACAGGGGUUUCGCACGUUUUAAUUUAAAUACGCACGACGGAUGGAGAGACUUCAUAAAGGGCGAACAUUUCCCACUACUAUCGCAAUGUGGCUAUCCUCGAAGGACCCAUAAACACAAAACAUCUCUACGCAAAGUUUGCAUGUUGCCCGAAUUUUCAUUGGUCGACCGUACUGAGCACGGGUCUGUGUAGUUGUUUUGCGCAUCCAUUGGUUAGAUUUCAGGACCACAGGGUCUCUAGUCAUGAAACUUAGCCCUGAUUGGCUAAUCAAUAUGUUAAUUGUUUCGAUUUCAAGAACGGAUAUCCAACGAAAUGGCAGGGCGCCGUCCGGCGUAUAUUUACAAUACAAGUUCGGUGUACGUGCUACUGCUAGCAAUCUACAUGCUGCUUCUUCAUAACAACCUGAUAAGUAUGAGAAAUACAGACUGAGUGUUAGCCUUGGUACAGUAAAGUUGAGUCUGUCCAAUGGAGGGAGAUCCUACGAUUCCUCCAACUCUUCCCAGUAGCAGUCGACUCCUUCACAGUGACACCCAAACAAACCACCUCUCUCAAUACACCAGCCGCAAUCAUGAUGGAAAAUCUGCAAACAGAAGUGGAUGUAUUCAAGAGGUCAAUGAGAAACCGGCAAAGACAAAGGAACCAGAAGGAAUGAACCGUGGAACAGCAGCUCCGAGUCCUCAUAGGCGACAAGUCUCCCCCUCUAAGAGAGAGAGAGAGACCAGCAUGAUGCAGGUAUCCCAAUCCCUGUCGGUAAAGUUGAUGAAAGCUGAUAAGACUCAUAAACAACAAAACCUCCAAAAGAGCACGUCAGACUUCAGCCUUGUGCCAGAGCAUGAAACUAAGAACGAGGAUCAGGAAGGCAGAAUGAACAGAGCUGUUCCUUCCUGCUGUACACAAAAUGCAGAUACAUGUAAAGCAGGAGAGGUUGCGUUGGACCCUGAUGCCAUCCAAUCAGAUGGGGAGGAAGAGCGAGAUAUGGAUCCUAUCCCUAAGAGUCCAUCCCCAGUGAAAGGAUGGGUGAUAGGCCCAUUGUUUCAGUCGUUCAAAUCCAAGAUGGCCAGUUUCACAGAGAUUGUCAUGAGUCCGGUCAAACUCUUCAAACCCACAAACAUUCUGCAGUCAACUCUAAAUAUGGACUUCUCAGAGCAUCUGGAUACUGACCAAAUCGUAAACAGUAAACACUAUGAAACUGUAAACUUAAACGGUCCUUUGGAGAAGCUGGACGAGAAAGAAUGCAGUAUAGCGGACACAGAGACAGGACUACUCCGGAACCAGAACCUGGAUGAGAAGGCUGGAUCCUGUAAAUCUCUGGACUCUAACCAAGGUGGACUAGAAGCUCAAGGUAAGCACUUCCAAAGGUCAAGAGGACGAAGGGGUACACGGAUUGCCGUCCAGAAACGCCCCGUUGUUCAAAAAAACCCUGCCGACCAGAAACACCCUGUGGUUCGAAAAUUAGGUUUAGACUUACGAAGCCGCCACCUUCUAGGGGAAGAUAAAUGUGCCUUUGAGAGGAGACGGAGCAUACUUGCAUCAAAUGAACAGAAUGACUCGAUGACUGAAAAGGAAACGAACAACAAUGAUUCUGUUCCUUGUAAACGCAGUCGAUUACUCCAAAGUAGCAUCAAUUCAGGCCCUGAAUCAACAGAAUUAAGCUCUCCUUCUCUGUCCUCGCAACCCUCUGACGACACAAGUGCCUCAUGUGAAUCUAAGCUGAAGCCAAAUAUUCAAACGGUGGAGCAGGUGGGUCUGACAGGCGCUCAGCGGAAACCGUCGAGGAGAAAACGACAUGUCGGUCAGAAAUCUACGACCAAAAGCGGCUCUUCUAAGAUUGCGUCAUCUGAUAUGCCUUGUAACUCUGCUGUUGCUGCAGAGCUGCACUCUGCCAGCAGAUCGCCUGAAAUCGGUGGCAAACAGUUUGCUUUGAAAUGUGACUCGCAGUCAACAAUGAAUGAUUCUAAAGACACUGAUAGUUCCGUCUUGUCCUCUGUGUAUUACACCCCCCCUGACUCCAUGUGUUCCCCGGAUGACAGGGGGAAAAGACAUACUGAGUUUCAUGGAAACCACGACGUGUUGGUUUGUGUCACACAGUCACACAUCUCUGUCAAAAAGAGCCCCGAGAAAACGUCGACAGAUAAUGGAAAAGGCACUGCCCUGGAUAUGGGUGACUCUUUCAAGUUACUUCCAAAGCAGCUAGAGGAGGGUGAGAGAAAGCAUGAAGUAGGAAGCACAAAGAGGGAAAGGAAGUUGAAAGUCACUGCAUUGACAGAUGUUGAGAGAAAUGUUGAGAAAAGAAUGAAGCUUGUGAGAGGAGAGGAAUGCGAAGGGCAGUUGGAGAGGGAAGGGUUAGCUGGGGUUGAAAGUUGCACUCUGGCAUCCUCAGA